AUGGUCCUACAGAUAUUAUUCAUUUUAAUUUUGGUAACAUCGGCCUAUACAACACAAAAUGGUGACAGUAAAGAACCGGCAACAUCGUAUUCAAUCAUUUACAGAUAUGACACUGCUGAAGUUACAAAUGACCAGUCAUCAAAUAUUAAAAUAUCUUCUAACGAACCUGAAGCUAACGAACAAGUACCAAAAGGUUACGAAGCGGUGUCUAUAGGCUAUGACAAUAUGCCUUUUGUGUAUGCAAAAAUGCCAGAUAGAGUCGAAACAUUGAAGCAAAUAAAUGAAAUAAGAGUAUCACAAGAAAACGAUAUGAAAACCUACCAAGAACUUCCAAGUCUUUCAGUUUUUGAUUUCGCUCCCAAAGAUAAUCAAGGCAAUCUAAAUAUGGAAACUACAUCUGCACAACAAACGAUUCAAACUAUACCAAUAUUACAAUCAGGAUCUACAAAGUUGGAAGUCAAUUCUGGUUCAAGUGCUUCUGUUCUUACUUCACCACAAUUAGCAAAGACUGUGACGUAUCCGCCUUUGAUAUCUGCACCACUUGUUCAAGAAGGUAGAUUGCUCACCCCAGGGCUGUCUGCUUAUGCUUCUGACAGUAUGGUUGAAAAUGAAUCGGUUAAAUCUACUUAA